CACUCCAGUCCAGUUGGUGGCGGUAAUGCACCUAUAUUUGGUUUGCCAACCGCCAAUAAACCAUGAGGAAGAAGACACGGCAGAGACGACUGCAGCUUAAUAUUACUCCUGUGAAGAGUUAAGAGAAAGAAUAAAACUGUUUAGUAUUGUACAUAACGUAGAUUCGGUGUAGCCUUGUACGCGCCAUGGACAACAUGUAUCAGCCCGCCUCGUCAGACACCCAGCCGCCUCCUGUCUAUAGUGGCGGCUACAGCGCGAACAGAGCCCCGCCGAGCAGCACUCAGCCGGGCCACACUGCUCCACCGUGGACUCCUUCCCAGGGGUAUGACGCUCACCCGUACGGGUUUAGGUGCGAUUUUCCAGCACCGUCUCAUGGAGGAGGAAGUUUCGGAGGGCCGGGCUUGGCCCUUCCUUAUGGAUUUGACCCCUCUGUCCCCCCGCCUCCUUUCGGCUGUCCGCCGCCCGGACACUUCCCUAACAUGGUGCCCAGCGCUCCGGUAAACAUAUACAGCAGCAGAGGAGCGUUUCCCCAGCAGCUUAGACCCUGUCCUCAGGCUACAGGCUAUGCCCCGGACUGUAGUCAGAAACAACAGCACCAGUAUGAGGAUUUCUCUGCGAGUGGAGCUCGGUUUCCUCCGCAGGGUAAAGAUGACAGGAUUCCUGAGGAUGAAACAGUCCUUCAGAGGAGGCAGGAUCAACAGUGGCUCGGACGCUUCCUACAAGACAGAGAACACAACUCCAAGAGCCUACAGGCCCGGCACAAGACGCCCCACAGCUCUGCCCCGGAGCUGAGAGCGGCUCCGUGCAGCUCUGUCCCGGAGCUGAGAGCGGCUCUGUACGGGGCAGCUCACAUUGUCUCCCAGCUGGCAGAGUCCUGUGAAACUCUGAGGAACAACGUGGAGAAUGAGUGUGUUUGGGCCAACUCUUAUUUAAAGGCUUUACAGGUGAAGAGAGAGCUACAGGACAGACUGGCAGUCCUCGGUGCCAGUGAGUGUUUAGAGAGUUGGAAAACUAAAGUAUCCCGUGUUGCUAAGAGGAGAGCCCGGCGCCGGAGAGCCAGGAGGGAGCUCCAGAUGGAGCAGACCCAGAGAGAGGAGCGCAUCGCGGACAAAGAGGCUGCCAUAAACACAUGGAGGAUGCAGCAGAUCCGCCUAGUGGAGGAAAGGAAGAAGGAGCUGGAGCUGAAGCUGGCUGCAGACUCAGUUCUCUGCGAGGUGAGGAAGAAGCAGGCAGACGUGAAGAGGAUGCAGGAAGUCCUGAGGUCUCUGGAGAAACUGCGCAGACUGAGGAAAGAGGCAGCGUCAAGAAAAGGUAUCGUGACGGAGCGUUCCUGUGACGAGGCGUUCAGCAGCCGCCUGCAGCAGCUGAGCGGUGUGAUGAAGAGGAGGACGGCGGUGUACUCGGCCGAGGAGAAGGCUCUGAUGGUGAUGCUGGAGGGAGAGCAGGAGGAGGAGAGGAGGAGAGAGCAAGAGAAACGAGGGAAGAAGGAGCGGGAGAGACAGCUGCAGAGGAAACGCAGAGCGGACGCCAUGCUGUUUGGAGAUGAGCUUCCUGCCGACUCUGUGCUGCAGCCCUUCAGACAGUAUUACACCGAGGCCGAGCACUCUCUGCACGCUCUGCUACAUAUCAGGAGACAGUGGGAUGCUUUUGUGGUUCCUGCGGAUCAUCCAGACGGUUCUCCGGUUCCUCAGGGUUGGGUGCUGCCCGAGGCCCCAUCAGACCAGGCCUGGGCCUCUGCUCUGCACACGGCCCACUCCGAGUGACACGGCCCACUUUGAUCCAAGUGGCACGGCCCACUCCGAGUGACACGGCACCGUCCGAGUGGCACGGCCCACUCUGCUCUGAGUGACACGGCCCACUCUGUGACUGUGACAACAGCCAGCAGCUGGCACACAGCUGGAAGGAGAAAUCCAGCUGAAGAAGAUAUGGAAAUAAUGGCGUUUUUCCACUACAUGGUACCUGCUCGACUCGGCUCGGGCACGGUGCCCCUUUUUCCAUUGCAGAUUUAGU